AUGAAAUAAUUAUUUCUGAAUUAUCGGAAGAAUAAUGAGAUGAAAAAAAACACAUAUCAAAUUUAAUUUCGGAAUGGGGAGACAGUUUUAUAAGAUGGGUACAGUGAGAAUGGGAACAAAAUAAAAAGAGCAUAUUUCAAUUUUUUUAUUCCUCUUAGGACUAUUAAGGAAAAUGCCAUUUACUUUCUUCUUCUUAUUUUGUAGGUGUUCUCCUCAUAAGCCUUAUAUUUUAUAGCGAUACUUUUGGUAAUUCAACAAUGGUUAGUUGAUUUACAUAAUUAUAUAAAAAUUAGAAAAAUGGAUUAAAUGGUGAAUAGUCAAGAAGCAAGAGUGUUAAAAUAAUGGGAUGAAUGCAUUAUCAAUAAGGAAAUUAUUGAAAAAAUAAAGGAAAGAUUAAAUAAGCAAGAUUAAAGUGAGAGUAAUUAAAGAUAAAAGAGCAGAUCACAAGUUGAUAAAAACUCCUAACUAAAAAAAUUCGAGAAUGCAUAAUAUCAGAAAAAAGGCACUAUAGUUUCUAAUGUAUCUAUCCCAUUUUAGAAUAUCUCAUAUAAGCAACAAUAGAGCAACAAAAAUAUCCGAACUGAAAAUGCUAAUAAAUAUAAUCAAAUGAGUCCUUUGAUAUACAAAGAUAUGGCUUUAAAAUUAAAAUAGGUUUAAAUCAUGGAGGAUGAUCCAUUAAUUAUUGAAUUUAAAAAAAAAGUUCCUAGUAUGUUUUUAAGAGAAAUAACACCAACUGCAUAGAGGAUACCUUUGAACGAAAAGUUGAAGAAAAUGGAGAAGGAUAAAAUGAAUUUAAUCAAAGUCUAAAAUGUGGAGAAUAUAAUGAUAGGAGAUGUUAUAAUCUUAGAAAGAAACCAAAGAGCACCUUGCGACAUUCUUGUUUUGCAUUGUAAUGAUGAAAAUUUCUGUGUAUAGCAUCAAUUGUGUGAUUAUUCAUCAACAACAGUCAGAAAACCAGUUGUUUAAAAUAGAUCUGAUUCCUAGAACUUAGCAUAAUUUAAGAAAUCUUUGACUGGUAAUAUAGUCUGUCAUGAGCACAAUUUUUAAAUUAAAGGGUUCUUUUAAUUAAAAAAAGAUCCUUAAUCAAAAAUAUUUGGAUUUGAGAAUUUUAUUUUUUGUUAAGAAAGGUUGUUGGCCACUCCAUGGGUUUUGGGAAUAGUAGUAAAAGUAGGAAAUAGUUGCUUAUGUUAUGCCAGAUUUUUUGGCGAAUUUAGAUUCGAGAAUACUUAGUUUGUACCAUAUUACAUUGUAGUUAUGGUCAUAAUAAUUAUUUAAAUAAUAAUUUUCAACUAAAAUGACUUUUUAAAGAAUUUGAGAUCAAUUACUCAAAUUAUCAUUGAUAAUUGUAUAUUUUUGAUUUUGAUGGUUCCUCAUUUUUAUAAAAUCUACUAUAAAACUUGUAGUAUUAUACAACUAAAAGGAAUAGGAAAUAUUGAUCAAAAAUAAAUUAUGUCUUGUCAUAUAGAUAAAUACAUUGAUAAAUAAUAUCUAACAGUCAGCGUAGAUGCAUUUAUUGAACAAUCCUUUUAGCUAUAAUGUAUAAUAUAUGAUAAUAAAUUAUGUGAAUUCGAGGAAUAAAAGUUCUUCUAAUUUUUAAUUUAAAUUUGUUCAGGCAUCAAAGCGUAGGGUGAAGGUAGAAAUUCUGAAAAAGAAGAAUAAGAAGAUAUUCAACAAGGUUCUUAAGUUAUAAAUUACCUUAUGCAAAGUUCAUGUUCGGACGAACUGAUGAGUUAAAGAGAAUGUAUUGUUAAUUAGAUUCCAAAAUCUGUUGAAGGUAGAUUUAUUUUCUAUUAACAAUCUGAAUCAAAGGAGGAUUUCAAUUUAAAUCAAAUGGCCCUUAUCCAACACGACCAAACAUCAAAAGACAAAACUCUAGUUGACAAUCAUGAUGGUUAUAAUGAUACAAUCUAAAGAGCAAGCAACCCUAUUCGAAAUUCAAAAGGAUAUUAGUCCUCAAAAGAUUAAUUUAAAUAGGAAGAUUAUUUUAUAGAUGAGGAAAGGUUAUGCAGGAACAUGAUGAGAAAUGAUGAUCCAGAUGAACUGAAUCCAUUGUUGCUAUAAUUAGCAAUGAAUCAUCUAGCUUUUUCUAAGUUAUUAAUUACAGAGAAGAAAGAAUAAAAAGAUAACUAGAUUAGAAAUAAGUAAGUUUAGCAAAAGCUAUGGGUUAUGAAUUCUUAUGCGUCAAUAAUGUUUAGUAAAAUAUUCAAUAUUAUAAUUAGGAAUGUCUAACAUUAUAUAGUGUAGAUUAAUGAUGAAUUACACUCAUUCAAAUUGGUCAUCACUAAAUUAGAUAUUUAAAGAUAAAGACUCUUUAUGCUAUUUGAAGUGGUUGAAUUUUAUUAGGAUAAUGAUAAAUAAUUUAUUCUCUUCUUGAGAGAAGGUAAUGUAAAAAAGAAUGAGGGGAUAGAUGAUAAAGUUUGGAAGCAUCAAUAUGAUUCACUCCAUUACAUUUACUAUUCAUAUUGUUAUCUGACCUAAGAAAGUGCAAGUGUCUUUUUGUAAUCAGUAGAGAGUAAUACUCCAGAUAAUUAAUUAUAUACUUUGAUGGAAUAGGUGUUCAAAUUAAAUAUUAUUUUGGGGCUCAAAUAUACAUUAAAGCCUGAAUGCUAAGAUUUUAUGAAAAAUAUUAGGAAAUCAGAUUAUCAAAUAUUUGUAUAUACUUAAAAUCAAGAAAUUUUUUCUACCUCCAUCUUGUAUUAGUCAGAGCUAUUAUUACAGAAUGAUUUGGUCUUACAUUUCAACUAACAAAACGAGGAGGAUUUACGUGCUUAUUUUAAAUAGAGUCUAUAAGAUUUUUCUAAUACAUUUGGUCAGGCAAGCAUUAAUUCUUCCCAAUUUAUUAAAAUUUAGGCACUUAACUCAUAAAAGCAAAUAACUGUAGAUUAAGUUGAAGAAAAACCUAGAACGAAGAAAAUAAUUGUGAUGAUGAACAAUUAAUCUUUGUAAUAUAUAAUGGAAAAUCAUUAUUUCAAAAACAAUCUAAAAUUAAUCCUCGGCUUCACCAAAGUGCUAUUUCUUUAUUAGGCGACUUAGGAUCAACUAAAUGCUAUCUAAGAAAUAUGGUGUACUUCAAAUAAAACAAUUAAUUUAUUAUAUGAAAACUAAAGCUUAUUGCGUUGUUUCAAUGGGUGCCAAUUAUAAAUAUUAUAGUUACAAUAAUUUAGUUUAUUUAAAAAUUAGAAAGUAGAGAAAGUCGAAAAAAAGAACUUCUUCUCAUCACUUAUUACCUCCUUAUAAUAGAGAUUGAUAUUUGAAAAAUGCUAUUUUAAUGAAAUGCAAAUCAAUUCAAACACUGAUAUCAUUUUACAAAGUUAUAAAGAAUUAGAUCGCCUUUUAUUUUUUUAAAGUCCCCUAAUGAAAAUAUUCUUUAGAGCCUUAUAUUAACAAACCAUUUACAAAACAAUAACCUUUGUGACCACUUUUACAUUUGUUACUAUCAUUUAUACAUGGUAUACUCUAGAUUUCAUGGAUUAUUUAUUGGAAAUCGUAUUUUACUUCUACAUUUACUAAUUCUUUUUAUUUUCCCUGCAACAUUAUUCUUUUAUUGAUUAAUCGAAAAAAUUAAAAGAUAAUAAAGAUUAAUCAAUAUUAUUAUAAAAGUACUCAUAGCACACUUUAUCAAUGGAAAGUAUUCUCAUUAUGGUUUUUAAGCACAUUAUUCAAGGUCUUCUCAUUUCAUGCAUAUUUAUCUACAAAAUGUAUGACCUGGAGUACUACUUAUACAUUUUUAUGUCCAUUAGUAUUAAUGAUUGGCUUUAUCUGAUUAUUAAUUUGAAUUUUAUUGAGGCAAUUAUUUUAGCUGCUAUUUUUCCUAUCAUAUUUUAUAUUUAUAUAUUAUUAGACAUGAAUCAAAAUAGUGAAUGGAAUUAUUCAGUGGAUACUUAUGAUGUAUUUUCAAUAAUUUUAGGGACAGCCUUCCUAUUAAUGACAAAUCUCGUGUUUGAUUACUAGGAGAUUUAACAUUGCAUUAGCAUACCUAUCUUUAAUGAUGAUUUUCUAUCAUAUUUAAAUUAUAUCCAAAUGAUGAUUAAUUCAAAAUAAAAAAAGAAAACAUUGACCAUUUUAUAAAAUAGAGUGAAUGAACUAUUUGAAAAUAUUGAAUAAGUAGAUUUGAGUAUUUAAAAAUUGCUUAUCAAUUAAUAAAAUAAUUAAAGUAAAUUUGGAUAAUGGCGUUAAUAAAUAUUUAAGAAAGCUCAUACAAUCUUAAUGUGGAAGAAGAAAUAAAUCAUUCAAAGUUUCUAAUUGUUAUUCUAUCAUACCACAUUUAUAAUAAUAAUGUACUUUUAUUAGAAAAGAAUGGAUUUUUUUUUGGUUGACUAUUUAAUAAUUUUUUGUCUCCAAGCAUUUUAUUUUGCUAUAUAGAUCUUAAUUAAAUUACAAACAAACCAAUAAGAAUAUUUAGAAUAUGGAAAGUUCUUUUUAUCAACAGCUGCUACGAUUUCUAUUUUGUUUGUAAUGAAAUCAAUUGAUAAUAUCAAUUCUACAUUGACAAUUUAAUACUUUAUAGCAUAUGAAUUAUCAAUAAAAUUUCAUCCCAUCUAUGACUUCAGAGUUUAUAUUACAACAGCUAUUGCAACAAUGAUUGGAUAUAUUGCUUGGUAUGUUGUUGAAAAUAAUUCAAACAUUUCAAAUUAGAUAGCUGUAAUACAAUUCUUGGUUCUAUUUUCAGUUUUGUAAUACUUUGUAAAGAGUUAUUUCAUUUAAUUAGAAGAAGAUUAAGCCUAAAAUAAAUUAAAUUUUAUUGAAUAAAAUAAUAAGAUUAAUGACAUAUUAGGUAUUUUGUUACCCAAAUUCAUUAGAGAUAGAUUAAAUGAAACUGAUCAAUAUAAUAUACAUUAAAAUUAGGGUUUAGUAGCAAUUGUAUUUUGUGACAUUUGUAAUUUCGAUUAAAUGGUCAUUGAAGAAAAAGAUAAAAUUAUCACUUUUUUGGAUGACAUCUUUAGAACAUUUGAUAAAUAUUGCUAAAUUUACGGAGUUCAAAAGAUAGAAACCGUCGGAAAGACUUAUUUGGCAUCUGCUGGUUUGAAGGCUUGUGAAUAAGAAUUGACAUAUUUAUCCCAGGUAGAUCCUGUUUAAAGAGCCUUAAAUUUAGCCGAAUAGAUGAUGAUUUAUAUAAGAUCAAAGAUGUGGGGCUAUAAAGGGCAAUAGUUGGUUGGUAAAAUCGGUAUUCAUUAUGGUGGAGCUAUAAGCGGAGUCAUAGGAUUUCAUAAGCCUCAAUUUUCAUUGAUUGGCGAUACUGUGAAUACGACCAGCAGAGUUUGUUCAACUGGCUUAGAAGACACUAUUACAUUAUCAGAGCAAGCGUUUGAUUAAUUGAAAAACGAAAAUAUUGAGUUUGAAGUUCGAAAUGUUGAAAUGAAAGGUUUAGGUAUAAGACCAACAUACAUUUAUAAAUGUAAAAUUUAGAACAAGGAAAAUCAAUUUUCAAUGCCACUUGAAUAAGAUGCUUAAAGUAAAGAAGCAAGAAGUUAGUAUGUUGUUAGAAAGAAUCCUGAAAUAUUUAAGAAGGAUCUUAAAAAAAGGAAAACCAUUCUAACUUAGAUUGAUACGAUGAAGUAGAAGAUGGAUUCAAUGCAGGAAUAAGGAGCUCCGAAUGUAUUUGGAAUAAAACCCAUAGAUCCUACUUAUUAUUAACCUUACGAGGACAAGUCAAGACAUUCAAUUCAAUUAUUAUCCAAACAAGGUUCUGAUGACAAUCACAUUAAGCAAUCAUAAUCAAAACCAAGUACAUUCAAAAGAUUAGUUACUAUGCUUUAGAACAAAUUUUAACUUGAAAAUUAUGAACCUGAAAUUGAUGAACUCAUAGAUUAUGAAUAAUUAUUGGUAAAAAUUAUGAAUUAAUUAGAGAAUGUCAUACUAUUAAAGAAUGAAUAUGCACUAGAACACAAUAUAAUUAAAGAAACCUCCUUUAUUUAGUUAUUGUAAAUAUCCUAUUAUAGGAAAUAAAUGAAUCAAUUUGUUAGUUAUGAAUAAUAUUAAGAGUUUGUAAAGACUUAAUCGAAAAAUCAAACUGUUCAAAAUUUAAGAAUUUAUGUUCUUUAUUAUCUAAUCAAAUUGUUUUGUCAGAUUCAAUUUUACGGAGAUUUAAAUUUGGGUUUGAUCAUAUUGUAGUGGCUGUGUAGUUUACUUAAUUUAAUAUAAUUUUUAGUCAAUAAUAAAUUGUUUUUCGAAAAGUGGAAAUUAUGCAUAAAAUUGCUCUUAUGUUUUGAAGCUUUACUUAGUGGAUUGGUAAUAAUUUUGGAUGAAAAUAAUUACUUAAAAAAUAUUCAUGUCUAUGAAUUAAUUUUUAUUUAAUCAUUGUUUUGUAGUAUUCAAAUCUUAAGCUUUUGGGUUAAAGUAUUAUUUUGUAUUGGAACUGCUUCUUAUUUUACAAUAGUCUUAGCAAUAGAUGGAACUCAAGCCAUAUCUAUAUAUUUUAUCAUUAUCAGUUCUUUGUAUAACAUCUCUUUGAUCUUAUUGAUAGAACAAUAAUAAGUUGGAUGUUUUAAUUAAAAGAUUAUCUUUAAGACUUAGUAAUAAAAGGAAUCAUAAUUGCUUUAGUAUUUACUCCCAAAACACAUCCUUAAUAAAUUUUUAGAUGACAAAAUUGGUAAUAUUGGGAUUUGUGAUAAAAUUGAUGACCUGACAAUACUGUUUGCAGAUAUAGCCGGUUUUACUGAAUAUUCUAGUAAAGUAAAACCAGAAGAAGUAUUGGUAAUGCUCAAAAAUUUGUUUGUUGAAUUCGAUCGAAAAUGUUGUGAUUUGAAUGUUUAUAAAUUAUAUACUAUAGGUGAUUGCUAUGUGGCUAUCGGAAUGAUUGAUUAUCACAAUAGAAAUCCUCAUUAGGAGGCUAAGAAUAUUAUUGAUUUGGCUUUUGAAAUGAUCAACAUUAUUGCAUAGGUCAGGAAAUAAAUCAAUUUUGAUGGGCUUAAUAUGAGAAUAGGAGUUCAUACAGGCCCUGUUUUUGGAGGAGUUAUGGGUACAGAUAUUGUUAGAUAUGAUAUUUAUGGACCAGAUGUUCUUAUAGCGAAUAAAAUGGAAUCAAAUGGAGUAAAAGGUUAUGUACAAGUUAGUUAAUAAACUAAAACAUUUUUAGAAGAAGAUUAUGCGAGCAUGUUUAGGUUUGAAUAGAAUGUUACUCUUGAAUUGAAAGCCAUUGGAAGAUAAAUCGAGGGUUUUUUAGUCAAAAGGUAAGAAGAUGAUCAUCUUAACCAAUAAGAUGGCCCACUUUGA